AAUUUACUUGGCUCACCAUUAGAUAGCCCUACGCCAAAAUCGGGGACUUCGUCUACAAGUGAUAAAUCAAGUUUACUUUCAGCCAGUGACCGCUCCACGCCAUUAACAAAUUUAUAUUCAGAAAGGAGCCAAGCAAGUAGUGCAAUACAUGCCGCAGAACCAACGAAUCAGGUAUCAGCUUUAAUGUCAAGCGACAGAAAUCAACCAAUCAGUGGUGUAAGAAGAAGUAAAGUUCAUCCGUCUGCUACUGUUGAUCACCAUGGUGAUAUAUUAAACCCUGCUGUCUCAUCUGCUAACCAAAGUAAUUUUCUUAGUAGUCCAGGUGCAGAAGAAUUACCCCUACCUGUCGGUUGGUCAGUGGACUGGACAUUACGGGGUAAAAAAUAUUAUAUAGACCAUAAUACCCAGACCACUCACUGGAGUCACCCCCUGGAGAAAGAAAGUUUACCAAUGGGGUGGGAAAGAAUUGAAAGUAAAGAACAUGGAGUAUUUUAUGUCAACCAUAUUUUAAAAACAGCUCAAACCCAUCAUCCUUGUUCAACAUCUGUACCACGAAGUAUAGUGAUUAGCCAAGAAACCAUGACAACACACAGCACAUCACUAGGGGGAGCUGCUUUACCACAGCAACUAGAAUUUCAACAACCACGUCAAACCAAUGUUUUAGUGCCUGCUAACCCAUAUUUAAAAGAAGAAAUACCACCAUGGCUAGUUGUGUAUUUUAAAGCUCAACCUGAACAUGACCAUAAACUAAAGUGGGACUUAUUUCGUUUGAAUGAACUGGAAUAUUUCGAUGCAUUGAUUCGACGGAUCUAUAAACAAGAACUUGAAGAACUUGUGAUGUCAUAUGAACGUUAUAGAUCAGCGUUGAAUCGUGAAAAAGAUCGACAAAAACAGGAACAGCAAAAACAAUUGACUCAAAAUAUUGAAACAAAAGUGUGACAGUGAAUGUCUUGACCUUUUGUCUCCUGUGACUUUUUGUGUCCUUGACCUUUGUUAUCAGUUGAACCUUUGAGGUAGAUUGUUGAAUAUUAGAACUAGUAUCUUGGAUAUUUGGUAUCUGUUGACAUUUUGUGUCUUUGAUCUUUGUUAUCUGGUUGGGUAUUAAAUAUUAUAACAACCAUAUGACCCGAAUAGUCCUGGACAUAUAUAUAUAUCAUUUGACCUGAGUGUCCUUGACCUUGAAUGUCUGUUUUGUGUCCUUGACCUGUGGAUGUUCAAUUUUUGCCAAAAUCUGUGAUGAUUCUAUUUAUAGAACAAAUUUUUAGAGUUAUUGGAGUGCUUUCAUCAGAAAAGUUUUGAAAAAUUAUUGAUGCAAUGAGUUUUAGUGCUAGAUAUGUAGUGCCUUGUCAAAUGUAUUUUUUUUUUCAUGGAAGCCAUUUUGACUAUUUGCAAUAGUUUUUGUGAUAAUUUUAUGUUUAUUAACAUAGAAAAAUCAUUCCAUUUUUAUCAUUAUAAAUAAAACAUUGAAUCAGGA